AUGUGGAAAACAAUCACCCACGGCUCCAGGCGGCACACUGACCUCUCGGAGAGAUCGGUCACCCGCACGGACUCGCUGGUUGAGCGGGAGCACAAGGCGCUCGCGGAGCUCAGAGAGCUGUGCCGCAAGAACAACGUGUCGUGGCCCAAGAGUGAACUCGUGGGUGGCGAUUCUGCGGACGACGGCAACGACGACUCCAAUCUCCUGCGAUACUUGCGAGCGCGGAAAUACGACGUUCCCGCUGCGUUCAAACAGUACGCGGCGUCGGCCAAGUGGCGACACGAGAUCCAGUUAGAGAAGGCGUACGACGAUGUCGAUAUCGCGCAAUUCGAGACCAUCAGGAGACUGCAACCCCAAUGGACGGGCCGGCGAGAUGACACGGGCGUCCCCAUCAUGGUCUACGUCGUCGCCGAGGUGAAGCCCGAAGAUAUCCUGGCCUUGCACAAGAUGGACCCGUCAUUGUCCAAAGUCUUCCUCGCUGCCGAGUACGUGACUCAGUUUGUGCAGCCCUUGUGCGGGAAACUCCAGAAUCGCCGGACGACCAAGUCGAUCAAUAUCAUUGACCUGUCCCACGUUGGGAUCGCGACCUUUUGGAGAUUGAGGAAGCUUCUCAACGCGGCCAGCACCAUGGCUACGGCACACUAUCCCGAGACCGUGAAGAGAAUAUAUGUCGUCGGCGCGCCCGCCUUCUUCCCCCAGAUCUGGAAAUUCAUCACCAUGUGGUUCGAGAAGGAGACGACGCGCAAGAUCUUCGUGCUCGGCCACCACGAGAGCGCCGACGUGCUGCGCCGCGACCUGGGCGCCGAGAACCUGCCCCGGCGCUACGGCGGCGAGCUGGAGUGGGAGUUUGGCGCGUUCCCCAACCUCAGCCCGGACGCCGCCGAGGCCUUCAGCAGCUCCCUGUUCACCAAGUGGGUCGAGGGACCCUGA